AUGGAGAGCGCCAGUGUUAAGCCUGUACUUGCGGGCAGCAGAGAUGUUGAGCAAUCAACGGUGGAUACAGUCGCCAAGAACCAUAAAAGGCGCCAAGAACUGAUGCUCAAGCUGACGGAAGGACAGAACGUCUUGUGCUGUUGGACUGAUGGGCUCUAUUACCUUGGGAAGAUCAAGAGGGUGAGUGGUUCCAAACAGAGUUGCCUGAUGACCUUUGAAGACAACUCCAAAUACUGGGUCCUUUGGAAAGACAUCCAGCACGCUGGCCUCCCUGGUGAAGAACCAAUGUGUAACAUCUGUCUGGAAAAGACAACAGCCCCCCUGAAUGACAUACUGAUAUGCGGGAAAUGUGGACUUGGUUACCACCAGCAAUGCCAUAUCCCAGUGGUGAGCAGCAAUGAGAGUUCCUUGGAGUCAUCUUGGUUCUGUCGGAGAUGCGUCUUUGCCCUGGCUGUACGGAAGGGUGGAGCCCUGAAGAAAGGCACCAUUGCGAAGACGCUGCAAAGGAUCAAGAUGGUGCUGUCCUAUAACCCGGAGGAGUUGGAAUGGGACUCUCUCCACAGAACCAAUCACCAGCAGUGUUACUGUUACUGUGGCGGCCCUGGCGAGUGGUACCUGAAGAUGCUGCAAUGCUACCGCUGCCAACAAUGGUUCCAUGAAGCCUGCACACAGUGCCUUAGCACCCCAAUGAUGUAUGGAGACCGGUUCUAUGUUUUCUGCUGCUCGGUGUGUAACCAGGGCCCAGAAUACAUCAAACGUUUGUCUUUGAGAUGGGUGGACGUCGUGCAUCUUGUACUCUACAACCUGGGUGUCCAAAGUAAAAAGAAAUACUUUGACUUUGAUGAAAUCUUGACCUUUGUCAAUCAGCACUGGAACCUUCUGCAGCUUGGGAAGCUGAAGAACACUCCCGUGGCAGAGAGAGCCCCCCACAUCCUUAACACACUAAACAGCUACAAAAGCAGAUUUCUAAGUGGGAAGGAAAUCAAGAAGAAGAAGUGCAUUUUCCGAUUGCGGGUCCGGGUCCCACCAAGCCCACCAGGCAAACUCUUGCCAGGGAAGGUCCCAGGGCUGGCUGAUGAUAAACCUUCUGAACCGAAGAAAACGGAGAAACUCAAGUCCUCCCACAAAAGCAGUUCGACACAGCACAAAAAGAAGAAGAAGAAGAAGGGGGGAAAGUCAAAGUUUCUCUUGGAGGAUGCGAUUCCCAGUACUGAUUUUGCCUCUGCUUGGAGCACAAACCAUCACCUGGCGAGCAUCUUUGACUUCAAUGUGGACGAAAUCCAGAGCUCGAAAAGCGGAAGCUCCAGCCAUACUUUCUUUUCUGACGUGGAUUCCACGGAUGCUGCCAGUACUUCAGGUUCAGCCACAACCAGCCUGUCCUAUGAAUCAAGAAGGAACUUGGGCAGCCGGAAGCGUAAGCUGACAUCCAAAAGCUACACAACUAUUGAGACGAAGCAGAAAUGUGCGGAGGGUCCCCAGAGGGCCACACCUGGCUGCUCCUCAGAAGACAGUGAGGCAACCGGUGGCCCAGAUCGCCCAGAGAACCCCACCGAGGGUCACGCUUUCGAGAGCCUGAGUGAAGGCAACUCAUCGUUCUCCUACCUCAGGUCGUCAAUCAACAACUAUUUUGGCGCCGCUGGCAGGCUGGUGUGUGGGGAAAAGUACCAAGUGUUAGCCCGUAGGGUGAACCUGGAUGGCAAAGUUGAGUACCUGGUGGAAUGGGAGGGCACGACCCCCUACUGAGUGUCUGGGGCGGCUUGCCCUUGAGAAAAGAAAGUGUUUUGGGGAAAAUAAACUCAGAGGAGUC